UUUCAGGGGGCAAAAGGUGCAAUGGAAGAGGCUGCAGCUCCCUCGGAGCCCCACGAAGCCGCCGGGGACGCAACAGAUGCCCCGGCGGCCGAAGAGGCGGCCGCCGGGCCCAGCUACCGCACGCACCCGGUCUUCCGGCGUAUGGAGCCUGGAGGCCCGCCCCCCAUCGGCACGUCACGUCUGCGAUUGGCCUACGCCUCUGUGGGCGGGGCCAGGCCCAGGGAAGGGCCGGGACCCAGCUGGCUGCAGAGCCAGCGGCGCCCAGGCCCUUGGACCAACCAAGUCGUCUGCAGGUAUUUUCGCCAUGGGAUGUGCAAGGAGGGGGAGAACUGUCGCUACUCCCACGACCUCCCGGACCCGGAGGAGGCCGGGGAGGACCGCGGGUCGCCGCCGCCCCAGGCCCCCGAGGAGGAGCUAGGCCCCGGCGCGUUUGCGGCUGCGCACUAUGAGCCAGAGAACCAGCCUCAGGAAGGGGCGUGGGCCCCGCCUCCUGACUCCUGGGGCGCCUUGCCUGCGAUUUGCUGGGUCACUGACAGGGUCUCCUUGGAAGCCGAGACUGACGAUUCAGCGCUCGGAGCUGUGGGGGGAGCAGGUGCGCACGGCUGGGCAGCAGAUGCGCAACGCCGGGCAGGAGGUGCGCACGGCUGGGGAGGCUGGGAAGCCGGUGCGCAAGGCUGGGAAGCCGGUGCGCAAGGCUGGGAAGCCGGUGCGCAAGGCUGGGAAGCCGGUGCGCAAGGCUGGGAAGCCGGUGCGCAAGGCUGGGAAGCCGGUGCGCAAGGCUGGGAAGCCGGUGCGCAAGGCUGGGAAGCCGGUGCGCAAGGCUGGGAAGCCGGUGCGCAAGGCUGGGAAGCCGGUGCGCAAGGCUGGGAAGCCGGUGCGCAAGGCUGGGAAGCCGGUGCGCAAGGCUGGGAAGCCGGUGCGCAAGGCUGGGCAGCAGGUGCGCAAGGCUGGGCGAAUGCCACUGAAUUUGUUCCCGGGCAACCGUACUGGGGCCGCGAGGCGUUCCCCGCCCCCGAGCUUCCCCAGCAGAACUUGGAGAUGGAAAGGGAGCGGCGGCUCUGCCGCGACGCCGCCAUGGGGCAGUGCUUCCGCGGGGAGAGCUGCGCGUAUCUCCACGGCGAGCUAUGCGAGCUGUGUGGGCGGCAGGCGCUGCACCCGGCGGACGCCGCCCAGAGGGCAGACCACAUCCAGGCCUGCAUGAACCGCCACCAGCAGGACAUGGAGCUGUCCUUCGCCGUGCAGCGCAGCGCCGACAAAGUGUGCGGCAUCUGCAUGGAGGUGGUCUACGAGAAGGCCAACGAGGGCGAACGCCGCUUCGGCAUCCUCUCCAACUGCAACCACACCUACUGCCUCAGGUGCAUCCGCACGUGGAGGACGGCCCGGGAGUUCAGGAGCAGGGUGAUCAAAUCCUGCCCGCAGUGCAGGGUCUCCUCGCGCCUGGUCAUCCCCAGUGAGUUCUGGGUGGAGGAUCCGGCGGCGAAGCAGGAACUGAUCCGGCAGUACAAGGAGGCCAUGCGCGCCAAGACCUGCAGGUAUUUUGCUGUAGUCAGGGAUUGCUGCCCGUUCGGCGAGAACUGUUUUUACAGGCAUGCGGAGCCCGAGGGCCAGGGAGAGCAGGUGGUGGUGGAGGAGGAGCAGGAGCAGGAGCAGGAGCAGGCG